GUUAAUUAAGAAAUUAAAAUUAUGUCUUCAACUUUUAAUAAAACAAUUAAUGAAAAACUAUCAUUAUUGUAGUUUCAUUAGUGACAAAUGACAAUAUUAAAAAAAAUUAAGAAAAGUAAGCAAUUAUUAGUUGAAGAACUGAAGAAGCAGAAGAAGAAGAAGCAGAAGAAGAAGAAGAGAAAAUUUUGACAGAGAUAAUACACAGAUAGAGAGAAGAGACAGAGACAGAGAGUGAUGGAAACAGCUGUAUUUAUUAUGAGACGAAACAAGAACCUCUGGGUUUCUACUUAAACUCUUCUCUCUUUCCUCUCUCACUUUAAAAAUCCACACUUUAGAGCACACAAUACAAAAAAUAAGGGUUUCUUUAUCUUUUCGUUUCUUCCAAAUUUUGUAAUGGAUUUGAUGCAAAUGGAUAAGCGUUUGGAUUCAACGGAGCAAGUGGUUGAAGAAAUCAUGAGAAUUCACAGAUCUCUACCCGCAAGACCAGGAAUUGACGAAGUUGAAGCUGCCAAGGGUUUGAUUGACAACGUUGAGAAAGAAGAUCAAGCUUGUUUAGAAGCCAUUGCUAGACAGAGGAAAAGCUCUGAAGUUCCUGGUGAGCUUUUCAUGGUGUUGCAAGAAAUGAAGAAGGGUUAUGUUCAGUUUCGUAGCAAAGAACAGAUAAGAGAAGCUUUGAAGCUUCUCGAUCUGGAAUCUGUUCACUCUUUGUUCGAUGAUUUCAUUCAAAGAGCUUCUAAUUGCAUUGCUUCUCCUUCCUCUAACGGCUCUGUUUCGUCUCGUCCUCCGCUGCCUCCGGCGACUACGACGGCUGCUCGUUCUGAUUCUCAGUCAAGUUUGAAUUUUUCUGAGAGAGCUCCCGUUCGCCCCAAGGAUAUGGUUUCGCGAGACGAUAGCUUCGUCACAAAGUCUAAGCCUUCUUCUCUCUACAGUGAUGGUUUUGCAGCUCCUCCUCGAAGACCACAGAUUCUCGAUUCAACACUUACCACCGGCAAUGAUGGAGAGAAGCUGAGUUUGAUAAAACUUGCUAGUUUGAUUGAGGUAUCAGCUAAGAAAGCUACACAAGAGAUAAAUCUACAGAACAAGUUAACGGAACAACUCGAGUGGCUUCCAGAUUCUCUUGGCAAGUUAUCGAGUUUAACUUCGCUUGAUUUGUCUGAGAAUCACAUUGUGGUGUUGCCAAACACUAUAGGAGGACUUUCUUCCUUGACAAAACUCGAUUUGCAUUCCAACAGAAUCGGUCAGCUUCCUGAGUCUAUAGGAGAAUUGUUGAACUUGGUUUACCUCAAUCUUGGUAGCAACCAGUUAUCAUCUCUGCCUUCAGCGUUUAGUAGAUUGGUUCGACUCGAGGAGCUUGAUUUGAGCUGUAACAACCUCCCGAUUCUCCCUGAAUCCAUAGGUUCGCUUGUGAGUCUAAAGAAGCUCGACGUUGAGACAAAUGAUAUCGAAGAGAUCCCAUAUUCUAUUGGUGGAUGUUCUUCUCUGAUAGAACUCCGUGCAGAUUAUAACAAACUAAAGGCUCUUCCAGAAGCUAUUGGGAAGAUUACUACAUUAGAGAUCUUGUCUGUGCGUUACAAUAACAUCAGGCAGUUACCUACGACGAUGUCUUCUUUAGCUAGCCUCAAAGAGCUGGAUGUGAGUUUCAACGAGCUCGAGUCAGUGCCAGAGAGUUUGUGUUUUGCCACUACACUUGUGAAACUGAAUAUUGGAAACAAUUUCGCUGACAUGGUAUCGCUCCCGAGAUCAAUAGGCAACCUUGAGAUGCUUGAAGAGCUUGAUAUAAGCAAUAAUCAGAUCCGUGUUCUACCUGACUCCUUCAAAAUGCUUACAAAGUUGCGUGUGUUUCGUGCUCAGGAGAAUCCACUACACAUUCCUCCUCGUGAUAUAGCUGAAAAGGGCCCUCAGGCCGUUGUUCAAUACAUGAAUGAUCUUGUGGAGACGAGAAACGCGAAAUCUCUAAUGGUUAAGCCAAAGAAGAGCUGGGUCCAGAUGUGCUUCUUCUCGAAAUCCAACAAGAGAAAACAGAGCAGCAUGGAGAUUGUCUAACACAGCUGAUAAUGUCUCUGACCCUAAAUCAGGUAAUUCUGUUAAAGCUGUUGACAGCACAAGUGACAAACAUAUCCAGCUAUCUUCUUCACACGACAAUGCAUUGAUUUGCAUUGCAACUCCAAGUACUGUAGAUGUUUCACUAUUCAUUCUUUGUUUGUUUCUUUCUUCACUAUUCACAUGUAUCAAUGUGCACAACAUUGUUUCAUUCAUGUCUCUCCACAUAUCAUAGAGCCCAUCCCAAAACAGAAUCGAACCAUGUCCCUUGUAGAUUGAGGUUUUCAUUAAGCUCUUACCAUGUUUGUCUAUCGUCUCUGGUUUUGUUUCUUUGGUUUGAAACUUAAGACACUCACAUCUGUGUAUAUGGAUAGAGAUGUGAUGUAAAUGUGAUGGCUUUGAAGUUUAGAGGAGAGAUGUGACAUGAGUUGGCUUUGAACGUGGUUUUGUCUAGAGAGUAACUUGGUUAAUUAAUACUCCCUUGUAAUAAUGCAACUUCUUUUUUGUUUUGUUUUGUCUAUGUGUAUAAUCGUCACGAGACAUGGUCUUUCUUUCAUGUGUGUUAUCAUAUUAUGAUACAUGUGACUUCACAUGUGAACCAAUGAAUGAAGCAAAACUUUGUUCAACAUCAAAA